AUGGCCCGCACAGUGCUUAUUAUACCCGACGCCGGGUUCGUCGCUGGGUGCCUAUUCUUCGGGGUUAUCAGCUCCCCAUAUGACCUUAAGGCGUUUGGCGUGGCCGAGAUUUUGGCGGUAAAACCAGCCAGGGAACAGCAAAUGGUCGCCAUUUUGGACGGGGAACAAGACGGUAUUAUGGAUAACACGUAUGAGCACUACACGGACGCCGAAUCGGGCGCGCUUUGA